AUGGAAAGCACAGUACCGGGAGCACCCCCACCGCCCACAUCCGCGGCCGACUUUCCGCGCCCGGUCCAGUUUGUCACACAACCCCCGCCAGGCUUUGUGUCUGUGGGAGACCCCUCGUCGUCUUCUUCAUCGUCGUCGUCACGUGACCACCCCGUCCUGCCCGCGCCCUCGCUCGACGCCAUCCAGGCGGACCGUCUCGGCUGGCGCGGCCCCACCGACUACUCCAACUGGGUGGUGCGCGGGCGGCUCAUGGCCGGCGGCUACCCGGGCGACUCGGUGAGCACCGAGCGGCACGAGCAGACCGUUGACGCGCUGCUGGCGGCGGGCGUGACCACCUUCGUCUGCCUCCAGCUCACCAGCGAGCUCUCGUCCCGCUUCCGGCCCUAUCGCGAGUACGCCAUCGAACGACACCGCCAGCGGAGGGAGGAGCAGAACGCGAAAGCGAAAGCGACGGAGACGGAGAUUGUAGGAGAAGGUGCGAGCGAGCGGGAGCUGCAGUUCCUGCACUUUCCCAUUCCAGACCAGUACGUGGUGGAGGACGAGAAGGUGCUGGCUCUUGUUGAAGAGCUGCUGGUGCGGUUCCACGCGGGGGAGGUGAUGUACAUUCACUGCUGGGGCGGACACGGGCGCACGGGCACGAUCGUGGCGUGCCUGCUGGCCCGGCUGCACGGCUUCACGGGCGCCGACGGGGCCGAGAAGACGCUCGACCUCACCGCCGCGCUCCACUGCUGCCGCGUGCGCAAGACCAGCUCGCGCAGCCCGCAGCACCCCACCCAGUACACCCAGGUGCGGCGCCUCGUGGCCGGACCCGCCGCCGAGAGCCUCGCCGACGGCGCCUCUUCUUAG